AUGUCCGUCGAAGAGUCUUUGGAUAGUAUAAUUGGCGGACAGGAAACCCGCCAUAGAGUCACAAAAUACCGUCGCCGUGACCUAAGAAAUGGAUUAGCAUCUCGGAUUGGCACGAGAGAAACUCCAUAUCGUGAUCUGGAUCCCAGAAGAAGCAAGAAAGAGUCAGGGAUUGAAACCGAACGUCCAGCCUCAAAAAAGCGUGCGCGCAUUCUGAACAUACCUCUCGAAGUAUCGGAUUAUACAAUUGAAGAUAUGGUAAAAGAAAUUGCUAAGCCUAUUUAUUCAAAUUUUUAUGAUCACAAGGAGGGCAGAACAGCCGUUUUUGAAUUUGAAGAUCCUGCUAGCAUUGAAGAAAUAAUCAAAAAAUUGAAUGGGAAAGAGAUGGGCAACCAAUCUUUGGUGGUAGAAUCCUUCGAAUCGCAAAGACGGCAAGAUCGCCGCGCUCAACGUCGCGGGAACCAUGGUUCGAGACGGGGUGGAAGGGAACCCAAAAAAGAAAAGGCAGAAAAGCCCACCGUAGAUCAACUAGAUGCCGAGCUAGAAGCAUAUAUGAAUAAUUAA